GGUGCGGACGCCGCGGACGCAGCUGACGCCGCCGGGGCUGCAGCCGAGCCGCCGGGAUGCUCAGGGUUCCGGAGCCGCGGCCCAGGGAGGCGGGGGCGGCCGGCCAGUCCAAGCCGCUCACCUCCUUCUUCAUCCAGGACAUCCUGCGGGACGGCGCGGAGCGGCGCGGCGGCCACACGGGCAGCCCGCAGCCCCCGUGCCAGCCGGACGCGCGGCGAGAGCUGGAGCCGGAGCCCGAGGGAGGAAGAGGCGGCGCUGGGGCGCCGGAGGACGAGUGGGGCGCCCGGCCGCGCGCUGCGCAGGAGGCCGACAAGCCGGCGGCGAGCGAGCCAGAUGGACACUUUGAGGCUUAUCUAUUGGACUAUGAAAACAGUGCAGGCGCCUUGCCAAGCCUUCCCCAAACCCCGAAGCAGCCACAGAAGCGCUCUCGAGCCGCCUUCUCCCACACUCAGGUCAUUGAGUUAGAGAGGAAGUUCAGCCACCAGAAGUAUCUGUCAGCUCCUGAAAGGGCUCACCUGGCCAAGAACCUCAAGCUCACUGAGACCCAAGUGAAAAUAUGGUUCCAGAACAGACGCUAUAAGACCAAGCGAAAGCAACUCACUUCGGACCUGGGAGGCCUGGAGAAGCACUCCUCCCUGCCGGCUCUGAAAGAGGAGGGUUUAUCUCAAGCCUCCCUCAUCUCCAUGUGUAACAGCUACCCUUACUACCCCUACCUGUACUGCUUGGGAGGCUGGAACCCGGCUUUCUGGUAAUGCCAGCUCAGAUGACAAUCACGAAUGAUCAAAAAACACUGCCUUCCCCAGCGUGUCUCUCUGGAUGGCAAAAGGGACCAGGCUCAGGGAGGACAGAGGAGGAAGAGGUAUGCAGGCCGAAAUUGUUAGAGGUUUGCAUGGACAUCCUAGGUUCUUCACUGGGGGGGCUAGUGAAAGAUCUGGGACAGUGACUAAUAUCCAGAUGGCUCCCUAACACAUAAAAUGGGCCAUUUUUGCUCUUAAAGACCUGCGUGAAGUGGGGAGGGACAAAGUCUAGUGCUGUCUCUAGCACUUUCUAUUUCCGUAUGAGCAGUCCCCAUCACUUCCGAGGAUGUUGUUUCAACUCCAUCCUCUUGUGUAACUGAGCAUCAGCCUGGAGGGAUGCAAACCUGAAGGGAAACAGGAUGGCCAGGAUGAAGGUGUCACCUCCUGAAUCCUGAAUCACACCUAAGUUCAAAAACCUCUCGUUGGCCUUGGUUUACAACGAAGGUUUCUCCCUGUCCCUGUGGGAGAGUGGAAGCCAGAGGCUCUUACAGAGAAACCGGUCCUGCUCAGCACAGAUCGGCAUGGGAUAUGGAGAUGGGUAGGAGGAGGUGAAAAUAUAAGCUUCUUAUUAUUCCUUUUUAAGUAACACGCCAACCUUAAGUAUUCACAGGGUGGCCCAAGUAGAACAGGAAGCACUCACCGUGGUUUUAGGACAAGCUGUAUAAACAGAACUCUGCUGCAAGGGGUGGGCCCGGGCCAGAAGAGUCUCCACAUGUCUGAGACAGCAGCCUGCGGAGGGCCCUCAGCACUGCUGCUGGGCGGCAUUACAUUUUUAUUAAUAAAGGUUCAAUAAAAGCCUCCCCUGGACCUUUUUUGCCCUCAACCUGAGAAUUCGAACGAGAAAUUUCCUGGAGUUUUCGGGCUGUAAUUCAGACUACAUCAUGGCAGAUCACAUAAUCCUUUUCCUGUAAACUCCUGUCCUCCCUCCCUUCUUUUAUUUUUUGUUCCUUCUCCACAACAAUCACCCGCUGAAGGGCUUCUUUUAAGUCCAGACUUUUAGUCUGGCUGCACCUAACAUAUACACCUUCCUUAUUUAGCCUGAGAUCUGGUCUUUAUCCCCCCCCCCCCCCCCCCCCCCA